UAUAUAUAUAAAGCAAGUAAUCAAGGGAGAAUGUGAAGAAUCAGUUUGUGUGUCAGGAUGUCUACAUGUGAGUACAUGUGCUAGUAUUUAAUACUCAGACAAAUGUCAACUACCUCAAGCACAUCAACAACCACGACCACGAGCUACUUGAAAAUGGCAAGGGAUCGAGUUAGACAUUCCAUCGUCAUCGUCGGCCACCACAUGACAACACACUACGAUUCAACCCUUGUAUGUUUACGCUUACGUUAUUAGUGAUCGUGAUUCGUAUUAAAUCUGAUCCCAGUCCCUGUCCUCGUCGCCGUCUGGUUCAGUAAACUUUAACAGACGUUUCCGCUUAAUAAAACAAAAAAUAACUGAUUUGUUUGGAGUUUAUAUUUAUUUAAUUCAAAGAAAACUAAUUUUUUAUUGAUCAAGUUAAAAGUUAAGUGUAAAGACCUAGUGCUGGUAAGAUACGUGACCUUACUAAUGUGAAAUUUAUUUUACAAUAGCACUGAUAGUUAUGCAAUAAAUGUUGAGCUGUAAAAACAAUCGAAGGUUUUUUACAAUAAAUUUUAUUUUAUUACUCAAGUGAUCUAAACAACAUAAUGAUGUAUAAUAAUAAAUAUAAAUAUUGAGUAGCCAGUGCCCGGACCCAAGUCGGCAGCGAAGAAGAUAAAAAAAACCCGAGUUUGAAGGCUGCUGGUGACUUUUUAUCGUCAUUUUUUCGUGCCUGAGUUACCCUGGAUCGUAUGAUCGUGUCUUGUAGAAUAUAAAAUGACGAUGUACGUUUUACAAAGCUUUCAGUGCGUUCUAUGGCGCGAGCGCAAUAGAUUUAAAUAGCCUUUGAUAGUUUGGUCUGGUGAAAUCCCCGUUGAAGAUCACAUUGACCAUUGUCUCGAUUCUACACUUUGGUUCAUCAUUUGAAUUUACGAAUCAACAAGUCAGAAGAAUAAGACUAAAACAGCGCAGUCAUCAACGAGAUUGAAUUCAAUCAAAGUUAUUUCACUGACAUUGCAUUACCAUGAUGCUCGCUGCUCACAAACUCGAAGAGCAACCCAAGAUGAACCGCGAAAAAUUAAAAAAACUUUUAUUAAAACGGGUACCAAUAUUGUCCUGGUUACCCAAGUACGACUCUGAGAAAGCCAUCAGCGAUGCUAUUGCGGGAAUAACUGUUGGACUUACGGUCAUGCCCCAAGGACUAGCGUAUGCUACACUAGCAGGACUUGAACCUCAGUACGGAUUAUAUUCAGCGUUCAUGGGAGCAAUAGUUUAUGUGAUCUUUGGAUCCUGCAAGGACAUCACCAUAGGCCCGACGGCUCUGAUGGCUAUCAUGACUCAUGAGUAUGUCCAAGGAAAGAGCGCAGACUUCGCGGUACUUCUGGCAUUUUUAGCUGGAUGUCUGCAACUCGUGAUGGCGUGUCUUCAUCUCGAUGUGCUGAUUGAUUUUAUAUCAAUACCGGUGACGGUUGGAUUCACAUCCGCUACCUCAGUAAUUAUUGUCGCGUCUCAGCUGAAAGGAAUUCUUGGAUUAAAAAUAACGUCUUCGGGAUUUAUUGACACUCUUAGCAAAGUAAUUCAAAAUAUUGGUGAUACUAAUCCGUGGGAUGCUGGGAUGAGUUUCAUUUGUAUAUUUUUUCUUUUGCUAUUGAGGAAAAUGAAAGACAUAAAAUGGUGCUCGAGGGUAGAAAAACCAACGAGAGAGAGAAAAAUUCUCGCUAAAAUAAUCUGGCUGGUAUCUACAGCUAGGAAUGCUAUCGUAGUUGUUAUUUGUUCGACAAUAGCUUAUAAAAUGAGUUCUUUAGAAUCUGGAUCGCCGUUCGUACUCACCGGGCCCGUUAAAUCAGGCCUGCCGUCCUUCAGUUUGCCGCCGUUCUCCACACGGAUGAACGACCAAAAUUUAAAUUUCAUCGACAUGUGCACCGAACUGGGUCCAGCUAUUUUUCUCGUACCAAUAAUUGGUGUCCUUGGCAACGUCGCCAUCGCCAAAGCCUUCGCCAACGGGGCCAGUGUCGAUGCAACGCAAGAACUCCUGACUCUCGGGUUGUGCAACGUCCUGGGUUCAUGUGCCAGCGCAAUGCCGGUAACUGGUUCCUUCAGCAGGUCCGCUGUCAAUCAUGCCAGCGGCGUCAAGACUCCAAUGUCUGGACUCUAUACCGGUCUUUUAAUUAUUCUAGCUCUCAGUCUUCUUACUCCGUACUUUUAUUUUAUUCCCAAAGCAUCAUUGGCUGCUGUAAUUAUUUCUGCGGUGAUAUACAUGAUCGAGUAUGAAGUUGUGAAGCUGAUGUGGAAGUCAAGUAAAAAAGACUUGAUUCCAAUGUUCGCUACUUUCUUCCUGUGCCUUGUAAUCGGAGUUGAAUACGGAAUUUUAGUUGGAGUAGGAAUAAAUCUUAUGUUUUUACUGUAUCCAUCAGCACGUCCAACGAUUCAUGUAGAAAAAUGUGUCACGGAGUCGGGAACGGAUUAUCUUUUGGUGAUUCCUGGGAACAGUCUGUACUUCCCUGCAGUGGACUUUAUCAAGCAGUUUGUUGAUCAUGCAGGAAUACGCGAAGGUUCGAGUCAACUACCAGUUGUCGUCGAUUGCAGAUACGUGUUAGGAGCAGACUUUACUGCUGCCAAAGGGAUCGCCGCGUUAAUUGGGGAAUUUAAUACCCGUAAGCAGGGUCUUUAUUUUUUCAAUCCCCGUUCGGAUGUCGUAGCCGUCCUUCGCGGAGCUUGCGGUGAAGACUUCCAGCAUGUAUCAACUCAAGAAGAGUUAUCAUAUUUACUAUAUCGUAGCCAAGACAAAACGCCACGAGCUUUAUCCGGUACGAUAAGACGAGAGCUCUCAUGUGAAGCUUCCUCGAAUUCAAGUGUCGAAUUGAUUCACCGAGCGACCCACACAAAUUACCACGAGCUCAAUGAGGUGAGGGCGGCUUUGUUACCGACUUUGGCCACCGCCAGCUGAAAUCCCCUUCACUACUUUAUUUUGAAUACUAAAACUUUUAUACGGCUAUUACCAAGUCUUGCUCUCACUGGGGAUCAUCAUCACCUUUAUGUUAAACAGAGUAAUGGAACAUCAACAUCAAUGACGACAUAAAUUCAUACCUGAUCAGUAUUUAAUUAAUAGGUCAACUAUAUAUACUGUAAAAACAAUUACUGUCAAUGCAUUCUCAUUGCAAACCAUCACUUUACAUACGUAAAAUAUUUAAAUCAUGAUCUUUUCAUGAAUAUUUCAUCAACUAAUUAUAAUUGUUAUUAUUAUUAUUAAAAAAAAAAACUUAAAAUGAUAAAAUUUGAAUAAUCGUUAAUUAAAUUAAAGCAUCUUCAAGAAUCCCGAUUAUCCCGAGAGAUAGCGCAUGAGAGAUUUCGUUAGAGCGUUUAUUGAUUCGGAGCUAAAAGCAUACGAGAUAUAAUAUAUGACAUAUAUAUAAUAAAGGGUGGAAAUGAACGCAGACGGUUCCACCUACGCAGCCACACGUGGACGGCCAGUUAUCAAGUAAACGGUGAAGCAGCCGAGCCGAGUUGCGACAUUAAUUUUUUGUUUUUUCGCUGUUACGUUUAAUCGCAACUGAUAAGAACCCAAUAAAAAUGUUUACCAGCACCGGCGGCCAAUGGGGACACGUCGAUCCUCGUAAUCGAUUUUUCAUUUAUUAUUUUUUGAAAUUAUCCACGUCGUCUGGUUCAUAAUAACGACAUGUGGAAACUCGGUAAAACAUCAAAAUUUAGUUUUGUCAUAAGUGUCGUUUCUAGAUCAGGAACGACGUUUGAAAUAUUUAAAGCCAAUCGCGUGGGCGUUACUUGAAUUCUUCAGCAGUCAAGUGUAAUUUUAAAGUAUCAAUUUUUUUUAACGUACGUUUGUGUCCAGUUAGUGACUGUCACUAAAAUAAAAAUGGAGAAAGGAGAAUAUAUUUAUUUAUAUUGAAUUAAUAUGUCAAUGAAAAAAUUAUUAAUAAUUAUUAUGCUGGGUUUCCUACAAAAAUGUCUCGUAAUUGUGUUAAUUCUCACGGUUUGUGUUUUGAUAGUAAACUUUGUCGGCAGGGGAAAAAAAAAUGAACGUAUUCUUCUAAUGAUAAUGAACGUAAGUCGCAGUCUUGAUAAAUUGGACGCCGGAUUGGACGUAAUUAAUAACAGAACUGAGCUUGCCAAGGAACAAUUUAAAAAGUUAAUUGAAUUACAUCUCAAUUACUUUCCUUACACCAACAAUCAACAGGCAAAGCUAAAAGAGCUAAAGAAUUCAAUGGCCAAUUCAACUGUUUUCUCACAAUCAACUGAUUCUAAAAAAAAAUCCACGUAAUUUAUACUAGCAAUUAGUAAUUACAGUAAUUAGUUGUAGUAAUGACAAUCAAUUGGACCACUAAGUGAAAGUACUUAAAUACUUAUACUUAAAACUAGUCUACUAUUGCAAUGUAAAUUUAAAUUUAAAGCACCAAAGAAUUGCUAUGAGAAUUUGGGUUCUCAUAAUUCGUGUUCAUAAAACAACAAUCGAAACAUUAAAUUCUAAAUAAAAUAUCCAAUCAUAUCACUAAUAUAAUUCAUAUUUUUAUCUAAAAAACUAUACAACCUACUAUAUAUUUAAUAUAAUAAAUAAAUUGUAAUUAAAAUCCAA